AUGCUCGUCUCCUCACUGUCAGUCGUGCUCAUACGAGUUUUUUCGUGGUACCACCCUCCACUGCCAUCUGUCUGUUUCAUAUUUUGGAGUUCAUUCCAGAAAAAGGGCUCGACGAUGAUUCGUCGUCGUAGUCUCGGAAUGAGUAAGAUGUGUGCUUCACCGCCUUCUGCUGUUCAUGAGCAGUUUCGUAGUCCGUUGGUCGCACCGAAUUCAUAUGAAGAGGGAUCAAAGAGGAAGAGGAAGAAACCCUUGAAGAUCCAGAAUCCGUUCAACAGCCGAAGAGAAGAUGUCAUAGACCCCCAUCGGUUCAAGCUGAUUGACCGUAGCACUUCGGUAACUGGAGGGGCUGCCGAGCAUGAAGUGAUGAUUGCUCGCCUUCUUUCCAGGCCGUUCACCAUACCGUUAGCCGGUUAUUCUUUAUCGGGCCGUGUCUUAGGAAUGGCUCGUUGUAGAAGGCAUGUUUCUAUGUUCGAUCCUUACGCAGAAAAUGCUGUGGUACUCUUCACACCACCUACUUUAUCAGCACAUGAGCAGAUGCGGAAGAAGGAAGACAACUUGGUUCAUGUGGUCGUUGACCCCAUAAUUGGUCAAGUUUUACGGCCGCAUCAAAUUGAAGGCGUGCAAUUCAUGUACAACUGUGUGACUGGACGGAAUAUCGAGGGAUAUUACGGGUGUAUAAUGGCUGAUGAAAUGGGUCUGGGAAAGACAUUACAGUGCAUUACAUUACUCUACACCUUACUUCGCCAGAGUCCCGAAGGUAAACCGACCAUUUCCAAAGCAAUCAUCGUGAGCCCCAGCAGUUUAGUUAAGAACUGGGACAAGGAGAUUAAAAAAUGGCUUGGUCAGAGAUUAAGCGCUUUGCCAAUGGAUUCGGGCAACAAACAGGAGAUAACGAACAAACUUAAAAAUUAUAUGGCUGAUGGACGAGUGAGAGUUGCGAGUCCUGUGUUGAUCAUUUCCUAUGAGACGUUUCGAUUGUAUGCAAAAAUUCUUCACUCAAGCACUAUAGGAAUGGUAAUAUGUGAUGAGGGUCAUCGUUUGAAAAACAGUGACAAUCUGACUUAUCAGGCCCUCAAUGGUCUUCAAUGUACACGACGAGUACUUAUAUCUGGAACUCCGAUACAAAAUGAUCUCCUCGAAUACUACAGUUUGGUGAACUUUGUUAAUCCUGGAUUGUUUGGAGCUGCCAGCGAGUUUAGAAAACGAUACGAGAAUCUUAUUCUACGUGGUCGUGAUGGAAAUGCCACCGAAGAAGAGCAAAAAAAAGGGGAGGAAGCAACAAAAGAAAUGGUGACUCUAGUCGAAAAAUGUAUUAUCCGGCGCACAAGUACCUUGCUGACAAAAUAUUUACCGAUCAAAUAUGAGCACAUCAUUUGUUGUCGCAAUACGGAAUUACAAGAUUCAAUAUACAACAAUCUCAUUGAGACCGAAAAGAAGAAUAGAGCAAUGGAUAAGGAUGCCAAAGGCGCAACGGCAUCGGCAUUAUCCUUCAUUAAUCACCUCAAAAAACUAAGUAAUCAUCCGUAUUUAGUAUAUGAGGAAUUACUGAAAUCCGACAGUCGCUUCCACAACUGCUUGGAUUUGUUUCCAGAGUCGUUCGCCAGGAAGUUUGACCCAUCGACAUCUGGAAAAAUGAAGGUUCUAGACUACAUUCUAGCGGUGGCUCGAAAGACGACUAAAGACAAAUUUGUGCUGGUAUCGAAUUACACUCAAACUAUUGAUCAAUUUGUUGAACUUUGUAAACUAAGAGGUUACGGUUAUGUGCGGUUGGAUGGAACUAUGUCCAUAAAACAACGUUCUAAAGCGGUCGAGAAAUUCAAUGAUCCAGAGAGCAACGAUUUCUGUUUCCUUCUGUCAUCCAAAGCUGGUGGCUGCGGUCUUAAUCUGAUAGGAGCUAAUAGGUUAGUGAUGUUUGAUCCUGAUUGGAAUCCUGCCAAUGAUGACCAAGCGAUGGCUCGUGUAUGGCGUGACGGGCAGAAGAAGAACUGUUUCAUCUACCGAUUACUAGCGACUGGAUCAAUUGAAGAGAAAAUGUUCCAACGACAAACUCAUAAGAAAGCUCUUUCGUCAUGUGUGGUAGAUGCUGGGGAAGAUGUUGCUCGACAUUUUAGUACGGAUCAACUGAAGGAAUUGUUCAAACUUGAAGUGGGCACUCCCUCAGAUACGCACACGAAAUUGAAGUGUAAGCGAUGCAUCAAUGGCAUAGAAAGCGUUGAUCCACCAGAAACGGCAGAUUGCACAUCGGACUUAGCGGUAUGGCACCACUCACAACGAGAUCCUCGCAAGAUUGCCGACCCAAUUUUGCGAUCGGUUUUCAAUUGUGGCACUAUUUCAUUUGUCUUCCAUCAAAAGUCCCAUAAAGCGGAAGUGCCAAAAAAGAAGCCGGUUAGGGAGGAUGAAGAAUAUAAGCCGCUGGAUGAAGAAGUUGAGUGA